GAAAAGAAAGAGAAAGAGAGAGAGAGGGAAAGGGAGAAGGUAGAUUGGAUCGAUCCAGAGAGAUAGAGAAAUGGAGCCUGAACUAGACGACAAGGAGAAGGAGCAGGAACAGGAGCAGGAGCAGGAAUUGGAAGACAAGAAAGAGAAGACAAAGGAGCGAAGAGAGAAAAGGCGCCAAGAGAUCUCAUUAUUCCGCACGAUUCCUUAUUCCGAUCAUCAGAGAUGGUGGUCUGCAGAAACUAUUGCUGUGGUGACUGGUGCAAACAGAGGAAUUGGGUUUGAGAUUACACGAUCGCUAGCAACACACGGAGUGACUGUUCUUUUAACAUCGAGGGACGUUAUUGUUGGUGAAGAAGCAGUUAAGGUUUUACAAGAAGGGGGUCUUAAUGUGUUCUUCCAUCAACUCGACAUUAAUGAUGAUGAAUCAAUUCAGCAGUUCACUGAAUGGGUGAAAGAGAACUAUGGUGGUAUAGAUAUUCUGGUUAAUAAUGCUGGUGUGAAUUUCAGCUAUGGAAAAGAGAAUUCUCUUGAAAAUGCUGAACAAGUCAUUGUCACCAAUUAUUUUGGAACCAAAAACAUGAUCAAAGCUAUGCUUCCAAUAAUGAGAUCUUCUGCAGCAGGAACUCGAAUCGUGAAUGUAAGCUCUAGGUUGGGAAGACUUAAUGGCAAGCGAAAUAGAAUUGAAGAUGCUACUCUUAGAGAACAAUUGGAAGACAACGACACGCUAUCAGAGGAACUUAUUGAUAAAACUGUAGCGACGUUUUUGGAACAAGUGAAGGAUGGAACAUGGAGAACAGGUGGAUGGCCUCAUUCAAAUACAGACUAUGCUGUCUCAAAACUUGCAGUAAAUUGCUAUACAAGACUAAUGGCAAAUGAGCUUGGGAAAAGGCCAGAAGGCCAAAAGAUUCAUGUCAAUUGCUACUGCCCUGGCUGGGUGAGAACUGCCAUGACUGGUUGGGCAGGUCACACCACUCCCGAAGAAGGUGCAGAUACCGGUGUCUGGCUCGCUUUGCUUCCUGAUAAGAUUGUCACUGGAAAGUUUUUCGCAGAGAGGCGCGAAAUCAACUUUUGA